AUGGUAGUUCUUAAGGAGAAAUUAUCUGAACUGAGGAUACGCAGAGCAGGGACAGUGGUAGAAGAUGCUGCUCCUCUUCUGCUCACAAGUGCUUUUCUCCUUCUCCCAUGGGCUGGGGCUGGAAGGAUCAUUGGCGGAUGGGAAGCUAAGCCCCACUCCAGGCCCUACAUGGCUUAUGUAUCAAUUGGAAGUGAGUCAGGUAGAUCUCAAUGUGGAGGGUUCCUGCUUUGCCAAAAUGCAGUGCUCUCAGCAGCUCACUGUGUGGCUGGAAAAACGAAAGUGAGUAUCACCACGAACCUGGGAGCCCACAACUUAAGUAAGAAAGAAUGGAGCCAGCAGGCAUUCCACGUUGGCCACUGGGUCAUCCAUCCCAACUAUUCAAGAUACACCAUUGAAAAUAACAUCAUGCUGUUGAAGCUGAAGCCAAGGGCCAAGCUGACUAAGGAAGUGAGUCGUAUCUCCUGGCCCAGUCACAACGAGCGUGUGGAACCAGGAACUACAUGCAAAGUGGCUGACUGGGGCUGGACAUCAAUGACACGGGAUAAGACUAGUGUGCUGAUGGAGGUGGACCUGAAGGUGCAGAGUGAGGAAGUGCGUGAGAAGUCUUUCAAAAGGAACUACCUGCGUCAGUCUAUGAUCUGUGCUGGUGAUGAGGAUGGCAACAAAUCAGCUUUCCGUGGUGAUUCUGGUGGCCCAUUAGUCUGCAAUGGGAAGGCUCACGGCAUUGUUUCUUAUGGACACAGAAAUCAUAUCUUCCCUAAAGGAUUUACAGUCUCCUAUUUUGAGCCCUGGAUACAUGAAGAGCUGAGGAAGUUUGUGCUCCAAGACCUACCUGCCUCUCCCGCCUCUGACUAA